CUAAAUCUCCACUAGAGAUAUACACCCCUAGGGCAACCUUUUGAGAACUACAUGAUGGGAGGCCUCCUACAUAGGUCGGUAUUUGUAUGUUUCACUCAUUAUUUGGUACCUUUGUCUAGAGUAUACACAGAUAUCGAGGAGAUUUCCACCCUCCUUGAGGCUUGUCCCGGGUGUCGACUAUUGAGUGCAUGGGCUACUGGCCUUGCCAGCCAUCACAUCAGAUGCGUCACCAAGACCACCAGCUUGGGAGAUUCCUCUAGACUUGAGCUUUUCUCCUAUUCUCGUAUUGCUCUCGUGUCAUGUAUGAGAUUUUGUAUUCCCUGUCCGUUUGUCCGAUCCUUGCAUAGAUUGAUCGCUGAUUUUCAGGAGAAAUGUUGACAAGAGACAGAUCGUCGCCGGAACAAGACACCCACUCUGGAGUUGUGCUGAAACCAUGUAUCUUAUUCUUAUUCCACAUUAAGAUCAUACUCUUAAUCUCUCUGGGCGACCCAAAACUGCGCCUGAUAUGCAUUCUUGCUCAAGCCCUUUCCAUUCCGGGCGUAUGCUACUUCCUUGCCACGAACUGUCAUCCCAGGUAUUGUUAUAUCCCCACAAGAUGCGUCUGUCUCC